CAGAAACCAGAAAGCAGAAACAAAGUCUGAAAGUCACAAAAGAGAGAAAGAUUGAAGAUUUGUUUUCAUGAAAAUGGUGCAAGAUCAACAGGAAAUCAGAAAGGGACCAUGGACAGAACAAGAGGAUUUCCAACUGGUGUGCUUUGUGGGCUUGUUUGGAGACCGACGUUGGGAUUUCAUAGCCAAAGUUUCAGGUUUGAACAGAACCGGCAAGAGUUGCAGGUUGAGGUGGGUUAAUUACUUGCACCCUGGCCUCAAAAGAGGCAAGAUGACCCCUCAAGAGGAGCGCCUUGUGCUUGAGCUUCACUCCAAAUGGGGAAACAGAUGGUCAAGAAUUGCUAGAAAGCUACCAGGGAGGACUGAUAACGAGAUCAAGAAUUAUUGGAGGACUCAUAUGAGGAAGAAGGCUCAAGAGAAGAAAAGGGCUGUGUCUCCAUCAUCUUCAUCUUCCAACUGUUCAUCAUCAUCAAACAUCACCACCAAUGAAGGAGGGGCAAGCUUUUAUGACACCGGUGGAGUUGAAAUGGUGGCUUCAUCAGCAGCGAAGAAAAAUAUCAACGGCGGAGAUCAAGAGAAAGAAGAUGGUAAUGACACUGCUGCUAAAAGGGACCAGAGGGAGUAUUCACUUGAUGAUAUAUGGAAAGACAUCAAUCUGCCAGAAGUGAACAGCAUUGAACCAGUAUAUAGUGGCAGCUAUGGUGAAGAAGCCUGCAAAUUUCCAUGCCCUCUAAUGGCUACUCCUCCUGCUCCACUGUCAUGGGACUCACUGUUCAAAAUGGAUGAAGAUCAUGAGACGAGGAAGAGAGAACUUUUCAUCUUUUACCAUGUACUCAAUUGGUAUCUACAUUAG